CAAAAAAAUACUCAGAUUAUGUUCGUGAGCAUGGCAUUCAUCAAUUUUUAUCAAUAUAUCAAAAAAUGAAAAAUAGACAAAAAAACUGUCUUGUUUGGGGUGAUGAGGUAGAAUAUAUGGUUAUCGUGUAUGACCAUGAAACUAAAAACGCGAAAUUGGCAUUAAGGGCAUUUGAGAUUUUAAAAGAGUUACAAAAAGAAGAAGAGGAAUUGAACGAUAAUCCAAAUUCAGGAAAAGUGCUAGAAACUUUAUGGAGGCCAGAAUAUGGAGCAUAUAUGAUUGAAGGCACUCCUGGAAAUCCUUACGGUGGAACUAUAAAAGAUUUGCUUAAGGUUGAACCAAAUAUGAAAUUAAGGAGACUUGUUGUAACAAAACAUUUAGGACAGAAUGAAACAAUUGUCACUGUUACAAGCUUUCCUCGUCUUGGUUGUCAAGGUCAAUUUUUGGAACCACAUUAUGAACCACAUGGAAAUGCAUCAAGAAGUUUAUUUGUACCUGAUGAAUUAAUUAAUCCACAUGCAAGAUUCCCAACACUUACUGCAAAUAUUCGUAAACGUCGAGGAUCCAAAGUAGCAAUCAAUAUGCCUAUCUUUCAUGAUAAAAACACGCCAAACCCUUUUAUAGAUCCAAAAAUUACAUAUGAUCGCAAUCUAUUUCCUGAAGAUAAAGAGGCUGUUGAAGGUGCUGCCUUACCAGAUCAUAUUUAUAUGGAUUCCAUGGUAUUUGGUAUGGGUUGUUGCUGUUUACAAAUCACUUUUCAAGCAUGUAAUAUUGAAGAAGCAAGACGCUUAUAUGAUCAAUUGGCAGUUAUUGCAGCUGCACCAAUUUAUCGUGGCUAUUUAUCAGAUGUUGAUUGUAGAUGGAAUGUUAUAGCUGGAAGUGUUGAUGAUCGUACUAAAGAAGAACGUGAUCUAGAGCCAUUGAAAAAUGAUCGAUUUGUCAUCAACAAAUCACGUUAUGAUUCAAUUGAUUGCUACAUUUCAACAGACAAAACCCUCAAGCCUGAAUAUAAUGAUUUGGAUUUGGUUUAUGAUGAAAAAAUAUUUAAAAAAUUAGUUGACAAUGGAAUUGAUGAACUUUUGGCACGUCAUAUUUCACAUUUGUUUAUUAGAGAUCCUUUAGUUGUUUUUGAGGAAUUGUUAGAUCAAGAUGAUAAUAUUUCUUCUGACCAUUUUGAGAACAUACAGUCAACAAAUUGGCAAACUAUGAGAUUCAAACCACCACCACCCAAUUCAAAUAUAGGCUGGAGAGUGGAAUUUCGUAGUAUGGAGAUACAAAUAACAGAUUUCGAGAAUGCUGCUUUUGCAAUAUUUAUUGUAUUGUUGACUAGGAUAAUUUUAAGUUAUAACUUAAAUUUUUAUAUUCCUAUUUCAAAAGUUGAUGAGAAUAUGAGAAUAGCUCAUAAUAAAGAUGCAGUAUUAAAUGAAAAGUUUUGGUUUAGAAAAAACAUUUUGGAAAAUGAAUCAAUCAAUGUAGACAUAGAAUCUAGAUGCAUGCUAGGAAAAUAUCUAAGAUUUGUUAGUAAAAGAGCUGAAGGUAAGUUGCAAACAACAGCAAAAUGGAUGAGAAACUUUGUACAAAAUCAUCCAAAAUAUAAUCAAGAUUCUGUUGUUACUCAGGAAAUUAAUUAUGACUUGAUCAGGAUGAUUGAAAAGAUUCAAAAUGGACAAGUUAAAGUUGAGGAAUUAAUGGAUGAUUGUUUACGGAAGUAA